CUCAACAAGCACGGCUUUCUCAAGCCAUAUUAGCCCAAGGUCAACAAGCCCAAGCUGCAUUACAGCAUCAGCAACAAGCUACCCAAAAUGUGACUGCUACUUUACAGCAACAACAGCAUUAA